AUGAAUCUACAAGUUCGAAGUGGAGCUACUCCAAGCUCAGGAUACUACAUGGAACAGAAACAUAACAAGUGUUUGACGGUACAUUUGGAAGCGAGGAAGAAGUCAUCGCCGAUGGUAAAUGGACUCAAGAUCAUAUACGCAAGAAGAAUGGGAACGGUUCUAGAUUCGCAUUUCCUGGCUCUUACUGCCAUUGUUACUGUGGUUUACCAGUUCAUAUUCUUCGUAAUCACUGCUGUUUUCAAGAUCGAUCAAGUCACUGACUUUGCAGGAAGCACAAACUUCGUUAUACUUGCUGUUCUAACUCUUGUUCUUAAAGCCACAUGGCAUUUUCGCCAGAUAGUCUUGACUUUGCUAGUUGUGGUAUGGGGUCUUCGCUUAGGAACAUUUCUUCUAAUGAGGAUCUUGCAAUGGGGUGAAGAUCGACGCUUUGACGAAAUGCGUCAAAAUUUGGUGAAACUAAUAGUUUUCUGGACUUUUCAGGCCGUGUGGGUUUGGACAGUGAGCUUACCUUUAACCAUCGUUAACGCAAGUGAUGGUGGUGGAGAAUCUCUUAAACCCACAGAUGUUAUCGGUUGGACUAUGUGGGUUUUUGGUUUCUUGAUUGAAGCUGCAGCUGAUCAACAGAAACUCUCUUUUAAAAACUCUCCAGAAAAUAGAGGUAAAUGGUGUGAUGCUGGUCUCUGGAAGUAUUCAAGACAUCCAAACUACUUUGGUGAGAUGUUACUGUGGUGGGGAAUCUUUGUGGCUGCAUCGCCUGUUCUACAAGGUGGAGAGUAUCUUGUUGUAUUGGGACCAGUCUUUCUCACUUUGCUACUUCUAUUCGUCAGUGGCAUACCUUUACUCGAGGCUUCGGCUGAUAAAAAGCAUGGUCAUUUGGGAGCUUACCGAUUCUAUAAGAAGACAACAAGUCCUCUGAUUAUUUUACCGAGAGGAGUGUAUGGGAACUUACCAAGGUGGUUCAAGGAAGUCUUUCUCUUCGAGUUUCCAUUUUACAGCCGGAAUUUCCCUGAAGAAACUGCUAUUUAGUAAGCAUCUCUGUUCAGUUUCAGUUCCAAAGAUAACUUCAUCUUGUGUAGUGUGUGUGUGAUGUGUUUGGCUUUCUCUUGUUGUAUAGACUUACUUGCAAGAAAGUUAAAGGAGCUUCCAAGAACGGCCAGAAGUGAGUACUCUAAUUUCUGAUAUUUUUUAAAAAAAUUAUGUUAUUACAACAUUCUCUAGAGUCUAGAUGAGAGAUUGUGUAAGGAAAGAUUUCUUGUAAGAAACUGAAUAUGAUUUGCGUGUAAAUAAAGCAUCCAAAGCAAACAUAUGAAACAUCACUGACCGAACCGGUUCACAGGUUAAACCAAGAAAACCAAAAUUACAUUUAAUUAUUUACUGGAAACAACAUUUGGAAUAAGAAGAGUUUACUGGUUGAGUGGCACUGACUUCAUCGAUAUUCAAAAUCUCUUUACCAACGGGAACAACCGUACCGUUUUCAUUACCGUUAACAUGAGUCAUUGUAACGCCGUUAGAUUUGUUGUCCGAAGCGAUCCUUUGAGUUACAACCUCAUGUAUACGUUUGAUCAUCACUAGGAAAGCUUCUUCAACGUUAACGUUUUCUAAAGCUGAGGUCUCGAGGAAGCAAAGACCUUCUGACUCAGCUAGAUUCUUACCUUCCUCUUCUUCAACUUCUCUAGAUUGUCGGAGAUCGGAUUUGUUGCCGACGAGGACCACGACCGUGUCGGGAUUGGCGAACUCUCUGAGCUCGAAAAGCCAUUUCUUGAUGUUCUCGAACGUUGCUUUUCUUGUGAUGUCGUAUAUCAGCAAUGCUCCUAAUGCUCCACGGUAGUAUGAACUCGUAAUUGCUCUAAAUCUUUACCCAUUAAUCACACAAAAUAAAAGUCUCACAAGGAUUACUUGACCAAAAAGAAUCACAAGGGUUAGUGAUAAUUUGAAUUAUGAUAAAACUAUGCAAAUAUUUUUUUCUCAAAUCUUAUAUACUAUUAUAUUCGGUCCAUAAUAAUUUAUGUAAUAUUAAUAUUUUCUUUUUAUGAUAACCGUGAAGAACUCGAGAUUUUUCAGAUCCAAAAUCUAAUUAUAUAUACGAGGUAUUGUAUUCAUCAGAUACACAACUAAUCAAUCAAGGGCGAAAGUUUAUGAAAUCUUUUUGUCACUAGUCCAACACGACUUGGUUUCAUAAAUGUAUGUUUAAUGGUUUACUACUAUGUGUUAUAUUAGAGAACAUAUUUAUUUUAUAAACUAAAAUGUUUUACAAGGCUCAAAGCCGAAUGGCAUCAAGUCACCUAUACCAUAUAUUAUAUUUUACGUUUUGACCAAAAACAUAUUCCUCAAAUUAUUAUUUCCACAAUUUUGACCACCUACUCUUCUUAUUUUAUUUUUAUUUAAUUUAUUACAUUGUUUAAGUAUUUUCUGAAUGUUGUAAUAGUAGUAUUAAAAGAGUAUGUCGAAAUAAAAGAUCAAAAGAAAACAUACAAAAUAAAGAACAGUGUAGAUAAAGUCACGAGGUCACAAAACUUAUGUCCGUGAGUUUGGUUGCUUUCAAAGAUUUCAUUUUAAACACGGAACCCGCAUUUGAGCUUAGUGCGUUUUAAACGCAAACGCAAAAUAAUAUUGAAGCACUUGGUAGUUGUAGUUACCUUUCUUGACCUGCCGUGUCCCAAAUCUGAGCUUUGAUGAUUUUAUCUCCAACGUGAACGUUCCUGUAAGCAAACUCAACUCCUAUGGUUGGUUUAGAGUCUAACCGGAACUCAUCUUUGGAAAAUCUUGACAAGAGGUUUGAUUUUCCAACGGCUGAGUCUCCGAUCAGCACCGACUUGAAUAGGUAGUCGCAUUCUUCAUCGUAUGAAUCUUCCGCCAUCUGCCCGAUGACAGAGUUCUUGUGAUUAGAGUUUGAUGAUGACUAUACGUUACAACAAAGAAGGAGAAAUGUGAAGUAUAGAAUCUGUAGACUAAUAAGAAAAGGAAGAAAUGAAAAGGAAAGUUUCUCCGCUGAAUAUGGC